UGCAUCAGGGUAUAGAUUGUAUGGAAGAUUUGGUACCUCUAGAUGUACCCACAGAAUGGAGGGGAGUGGGAUGCUGGAGAGAGCUGUGUUACAUGGGGACCUCACUCACAUCCCUGCGGAGCUGGAGAGGUCCCGGGUGCAGAUAUUCCUGUGUGCGGAUCCUGUAGAAUCUGAAAGAGAAAGAAGAGCCCUAAGGAACAGGGUGUACCCAAAGCUGAGGGAAUACUGUAGGCAGGUGCAUGGCCUGGAAUUUCAGGUGGUGGAUACUUAUGAUGGGAUCCAGUAUGAGGAGUACUACAGCCCUAGGGUUCAGAAGAUCCGAAAGCAACUGUUGGGGGGAUGUCUGGACCAGUCAGUGGGCCCUUGCUUUGUGGCCCUUAUUGGAGAAGAGUAUGGCCAGUUCAGCCUCCCCUGGGAGAUUGAUGGAGAAGAGUUUGAGAAGAUCCUUGUAGCUGCUCAUGAGAACAGAAUCAACACCAAGGCCUUGGAGAAGUGGUACCUGCGAGAUGAGAAUGGGGUUCCUCCAGUUUAUCAUCUGCCUGAGAAAGACGAGGGGCUUCCAUAUAGCAGCACAACGGUAACAACAGCCCGGACUGGCAAUCUGUAGCUGGCUUUCUUUAAGAUGCCAUAGACCAUGAGGUUUUUUUAUUGGGCCUGGGGAAGCUUGUUGGGCCUCCUUCUACUUGAAGUGCCAAGGCCUCUCAGUUGUGAGAUAAGAAGUGGAGAUUAUAUUAAUGAUACAAGUCUGUUGCAGAACCAAACGGGAGCCGCUGACCCCUGGCCCAGGACUUACCAUGAAAUCAGGAAGGUGCUGGAUGCUGCAGUUCCUCUGUGUGUCCAGAAGGGGAGCAUUUCCCCUCAACAAGCUGA